AUGGCAGCCAUGGCAAGGCUUCUGGCAUCAGGAAGUGUCUCGCAAAAUGUUGCAGAGGAAGUUGGUCACCAGAAAUUAGCAGCACAAUACAUUCUUAGAGAAUUGCGUGAAGCAGAUGAAGCGAAUCUUCUCGACGAAGAAGAUAUGCAUAUAUUUGACUUGAGGCCUAUGACAGAUCCUUUGCAUUUGGUGUGUUGCAAUGCUUGUAAGAAGCCAGUCAAGGCCAGCCAAUAUGCUGCUCAUGCAGAGGUUUGCAAGUCAUUAAAUUUUGCGGAAGAAGGUAUAUCGGAGCUUGAUGGUGGUACGGGUCACAAGAAGCCUCCUAGGAAGGAGAAGAAAAAGUCAUCAACUGCUUAUGCUGGCAGAGAGUACCCCAAAAGAUCAAGUGGUGGAAGCGAAAAGACUCAUGAUCAUGAGGAUCAAAUUCAAAUGCCUAGGCAAGUCCAUGAUUAUUGCUCACUGGCCAAAGAUAUUCCAGUUCCCCUGGCGACCAAAAUGUUCUACUCUCAAAGAAACCAUCAGCUACGAUGUGAACUCACUCAUCUAUAUUACCAGGCAUCAACUAAGGAACAUUGCGGUGACUUGCUAAAGGGAAAUGCAAUGCCAUCAUGGAGUUCAACUCCAACCAAGUUAUCUCAUGAACAAAGAAAUAACCAGCAGGAAAAGAGACAAAAACAGUUUCCUGCUGAUCAAUUUCUUACCCAAAGUUCGGCAGUAUACUUGGGUAAAUCUGGAGGAUACCCGCCAGCCAUGAAGCUGUCAAACCAGUUUCCUGUGAAUAAUGUCAUAGGUCCUCAUACAUCUGUUGCAAUGAUGCAAAGCAAUAAUCUUUCAAAACCAUACUCUUUUGCAGGAAGGCCACUAGGGACCCUGCAGCAGCCUAAAGGAAGUGUUCCUGUUGUAUAGGAAUUCUGGAUGAAAUUUUUGGUAGGCAAAGGUGAUCUUUUUUUACCCCAACUUGUGAGGGUAGGAUUUUACAUCAAAAUUAGCAAAGCAAAAUACGGGACAAUGUUCAUUCCAGCAACGUAUCAAACUGGACAGCUACCUUCUUUUUUUUUUUUUU